AAAAGAAAGAGAAAUUGAAACGUAAAAUUCAUAACAACAGAGGAGCAGUUGAGAUCAAAGAGCGCAAAAAAUUAAAGCCAAAAGCAAAAAGAUGUGGAAAUCUAACAAUUCAGUGUCAAUCGUCUUCUUUAUUUGUCUCUUCUUCGUGUUCGCAUCUUCUUCUGAACCCCAGCUCGGAUCAGCUCGUGUUGUUUUUCAGACAGAUUAUGGCGAUAUCGAAUUCGGGUUCUACCCAGAUGUCGCACCCAUAACCGUUGACCACAUUUUUAAGCUCGUUCGUCUCGGGUGUUAUAACACCAAUCACUUCUUCAGGGUUGAUAAGGGGUUUGUAGCCCAAGUGGCGGAUGUGUCUGGGGGAAGAUCGGCUCCUAUGAAUGAAGAGCAAAGAAAGGAGGCUGAAAAGAAGGUCAUUGGUGAAUUCAGCCAAGUUAAGCAUGUUAGAGGUAUUCUUUCUAUGGGCAGAUAUGAAGAUCCAAACAGUGCUCAAUCCUCUUUUUCAAUCCUUCUCGGAGAUGCCCCUCAUCUUGACGGGCAGUAUGCAAUAUUUGGGAAAGUUACUAAAGGUGACGGAACAUUGAAGAAGCUUGAGCAACUCCCUACUCGCCGUGAAGGGAUCUUUGUGAUGCCAACCGAACGCAUCACGAUUCUGUCAUCAUACUAUUACGAUACGGAAAUGGAAAGUUGUGAACUGGAUAGGUCAAUUUUGAAGAGGAGGCUAGCUGCAUCUGCAGUCGAAAUUGAAAGACAGAGGAUGAAAUGCUUUCCGUGAUGUACAGAAGAAACAGAACAGUGAGAUGAGAAGAAACUACUUUGGCUCGCCAAGUUUCCGCGGUUAUUUACUGUGUUUUGUAUUUUUAUCAGACAAUUGAUUAUGAAAAAACCGGUACUUCUAAGCAGAAGAGAAAUGGAUAAUACACAAUUAUUUUUGUUUAUUUUUGUUAGAAUAACACUAGAAAAAUUCUUUUUGCUUGUGCAUAAUAACAAUAGAACAUG